AGUCCGAUAGCCGGUCGACCGACGUCUCGCGCGCGCGUUACCUCUUCCCGCAGUCGCCGCCGUCGUUCUUGAGCAGUAGCAGCCGUUGUUGUUGUUGUUGUUGUUGUAGUAGUAGUAGUAAUAGUAGUGGUGGUGUGUGUGUGUGCGUGCGUGUGUAUAUGUGCGUGCGUUUGCCAGUAGUCGUUGCCGCCGCCGCUUCAGUAUAGUACCACUGCAGACGGUCGUGUCGUAUUCGUAUACGGUUUUCGUGUUCGUCGUUUCCGUCGGGUUUUCGGUUUAUUUGUUUUUAUUGUAUUCUCCCAAAUAAUAAUAUUACAUUAUAAGACUCUAUACGUGUUUGCCGUGGCCAACCACAAAGUAUAUCAUUAUUAUUAUUAUUAUUAUUAUUAUUAUUAUUAUUAUCAUAUAUAGACAAAUAAUUAAAAUAUUGUUUCGCGUCGACUCAGAAGUAUAUAAUAUUCAGUGUAUAACGAGACGAAACAUGGGACAAAUGUUCGACUGACCGGCAAUUUCACUCCGCGUCCACCCCCGUGCACAAAGCGUUAAUCAGACAACAACCACGUCCGUAAAGUGCGAUUUUGCGACGCACGCGAACCGUGCAGGCAAACUUUUCGGUUUUCGGAUCGUCGCACGCCCGCAUAACGAAAUGGAAACUUGCGUGCUCAUACCAAAAGAACUGUCCUUGCAGGCGGUGCCCGUGGCCAGCGUACAGCGGUCCAAUAACAACAGACACCACGUGGAGCCCGAGAUCACCGUCAUGACCAACGUCAACGUGCCCAGAGGGACGCUCAUCUACCCGUUCCAGGGCACGGUGCGCAUGGACAAGUUGGACGUUUUCUCUUUCUUGGACGACACAGACAUAAGGCACAGAUUCGGUUGCUACGACCAGGUGACCGAGGUGAACAGACUCCGAGUGCGUUAUUGUAAUUGGGUCCGGUUUUUGAAAAUCACGCAGCACCAUUCCGAACAACAUGUCAACGUAUUGGGAACCAAAAUAAAAGGCGAACCCAUGUACGAAGUGAUCAAGAACAUACCCGCCAACACAGAGUUGAUCGUGCACUACCUGCCUGAGCGGCCGGAAGAGAUAUUCUUCAUGCCCGCCGUCCACUACUUGAGAAACACGCUGUACAGACGAACCAUGGACACAAUCCUGGAAGACUCACCGUUGGACCUAUCCAUGUCGCUACUGUCCCGGGCGUUCGGCACGUCUUCCGCGUCAUCGGCGUCUUCCCCGCCCAGCGGACUGGACACGGACGAGCGCAAGUCGUUGUCCGGUGAAUCGUCUUCGGCCAACUCUUUAUCCGGCGACACAGCAUCGCUGGACCACAACGUGAACAUGAUCGUGUGCAACACGACUCCGGUGAAACCGAGGCCGUUCCGCGGAGAGCGCACCCUGCUGCCGUGCGAGGUGUGCCGCAAAGCUUUCGACCGACCGUCGUUGCUUAAGAGACACAUGCGCACCCACACCGGUGAAAAGCCUCACGUCUGUGCAGUGUGCAACAAGGGUUUCUCGACGUCGAGUUCGUUGAACACUCACCGGCGGAUCCACAGCGGCGAAAAACCGCACCAGUGUGGCGUUUGCGGAAAACGGUUCACGGCCAGUUCUAAUCUCUACUACCACCGAAUGACUCACAUUAAGGAGAAACCGCACAAGUGCACACUGUGCGCCAAGUCUUUCCCGACGCCCGGCGAUCUGAAAUCUCACAUGUACGUGCACAACGGAUCGUGGCCUUUCAAGUGUCACAUUUGUAACAGAGGAUUCAGCAAACACACAAAUCUGAAAAAUCACCUGUUCCUGCACACCGGGGACAAACCGCACGCUUGCGAACUGUGCCAAAAGAAAUUCGCCCUCGCCUGCAACCUGAGAGCACACAUGAAGACCCACGAGAGUGAAACCCAAGAGGAGUGCAACAAGUGCGGUAAGGUGUACAUGGCCCCGGAAACGGACAAGGGUCGUGGCGGCGCGUGUCCCGAGUGCUCUCCGUCGUCGCGUCUGCCACCGACCGACGCCGCCGCUGACGCCGCAUCAGCCGCCGCAGGCAGUUCGCCACCGGAAGAAGAGCGGUCUUACGGGGGCGAUUCCGAAGACUGUUCGUCGAUGGGAUCCGUAGACGACUGCAGCAGCAGGGGUGGCUUGUGAACGGCUGCUGCCGUGGGGUGGUGGCGUGACGUGGGUGGCGGCUCGUCUCCGAGGGCUACUGUUUCCCUCGCGCGCCCUUAAGACACGUCAUGUAUUUUUAAUCAUUAAAUAAAGAAAAAAUACCGAUAGCGGAAAAACUACACGAAAAUAUACGACUCGUGUGCACCACUCGUCGCAUACUUGCCGGAUACUUGUUUCCGCACUCCGCCGUGUAACACACCUCGUUGGCGGCGUCGACGAUAAUCAUAUUAUUAGGUACCUAUAAAAUAAUAAUAAUAUUAUCAUCGUAAAUUAUUACGCGUGAGCCCGACGACGGGGAAACAAACAAUACGUACAAUACGCAAGAGAGCACUUAGGCUUUUAUCGAUUUUCGUGAUUUUACGACCCGGUCGAACAUAAUAUUAUUAUAUGAUAUGGAGAAGAAAAAAAAUUUUACGAGUUUUCGGAG